GAGCCGAAGCGAAGCGCUCCUCUCUCUCUCCCUGCCUCGCGCUCGUCGGCCAUGAUCGACCCGUCCAAAGACAAGUUCGCCUACUUCAAGGACAACAUCCAGACGGCGGAGGACAAGGAGGACUUCGACGCCAGCCAGUACUACUACCACCGAGACGAGUUCGCGGGCUCCAAGCCGCUGGGCGCCAGCAACGGCCUGGGCGGCAGCGGCGGCCCGCACCUGAGUCUCUCGUCCUUCCACUCCAUGGGCAGCGGCCUGGGGGCGGCCAUGGACGCGGAGGCGCCGGAGCCCAACCUGGCGCAGAUGCACGGCUCGUACGCGGGCUACAACAGCGCCAUGAUGCAGGGAGGAGGAGCCAGCUCGUUUUUGGGCGGCUCGGGCGUGGGACGCAUGCAAGUGGGAGGCGCGGCGAUGCCGCCGACGCACGAGCUGCACCGCAUCAACUCCGGACGGAAUUUCCAGCUGCCGACGGAGAACAAGGCGCCCGACAUGUCAGAGUUCCCUGCUCUCGGAUCCAGGAUGGGCUCGCUGUCGCUGGAGUCGAGCUUCGAAGGCACGGCGGCCGACCGCAUGCGCGGGCAGCCGUCUGAGUUCGUGAUCCAGAAGGAGGACUUCCCAGCGCUCUCGACGUUUGGUGGGCCCGGGGUUAGCGAGAAGAGCCCCAUGCGGCCACCGACCGAGCUCAAGAGACACUCGAGCUUCACCUCAAGCGCAGCGGACGGGAUGGUGUCCUCACGGUUGGAGCAGCAGAAGGGCGGCACUUCCAUAGGCAGUCGGGCUGGCAGCGCGGCGCAGGCAGCAGCGAGCAGUGGCAGCGUAAAUCUAGGCACUGAGGCGUUCGAUCAUUUCCGAGCGCCCCGGCCAGACGAGCAGGCAGCCACGAGCGAAACGAGCAAUGGUGAACUGGACCCGAGCAAUCAGUACGGGCUCCUGGGGAUGCUGCACACCAUCAUCCGGCCGGGCAACGACUCCAAGAAGAACUUGGCAAUGGGCUGCGACCUGACGUCGCUUGGAUUGAACCUCAACGCUGCAGAGCCGCUGUACCCUACGUUCGCAUCUCCCUGGUCUGAAGAGCAGCUGACAAAAGAACCGCAGUUCUCGUUGCCAACGUGCUACUACAACCAGCCGCCGGUGCUCAAGACGACGCAUCUGUCCAAGUUCCACCUCGAGACGCUGUUCUUCAUCUACUACUCGAUGCCCAAGGAUGUUUUGCAGGCGUACGCGGCGCAGGAGCUCUACAGUCGCGAGUGGCGCUACCACGCUGAGUUGAAGACCUGGUUGAAGCGCGCCUCUCCUGCAGAUGCUGCUCUUCUGACGGGUAAUGCCAACUCUUCGGUAGGGGGGUCAAGCAGCGGGUCUCCUACUGGCAAUGGUAGCAUCGGUUCCAUUGGUAGUGCGAUGGGCUCGGGCACGGGGCCGUCAUUAGCGAACAGCUCGCUUGCGCCGCAGUUCCUGUACUUUGACACUGCGACGUGGGAGCGACGCGUAUUCACGGGCAACAUCAACUCGAUCAGUGCUGGCCUUUUGGGCGAAGAGGAGAUCCGGGUGAAGUUUAACGCGUCUUCGUAA